ACGGGAAAGAUUCAUAUUGAUGAUCUAUUUUUUGACAAGAGGCCAUACAACUCUCUGGAUAGCUAUAGACAGUGCAAGCUGGCCAGUGUGCUCUUCUCCAGAGAACUUGCUCAGCAGAUGAAAGGUACUGGGGUGACUUCCUACAGCUUGCACCCUGGAGUGAUCCAUACGGAGCAGGGCUGCCAUGUGAAGUCUCAGUACCCCCUGCUAAGUUCUGUACUCUCACUCUUUUCCUUCCUGCUGCUGAUAAACACCCUGGCAGGGAGCCAGACAUCCAUCUACUGUGCUGUGACAGAGGGCCUGGAGGACAAGUCUGGAUGCUAUUUCAGUGACUGUUCUAAGAAGGAGCCUGCUCCAGAAGCUAAAGAUGAUGAGGUGGCACAGAGACUGUGGAAUGAAAGUGCUCGACUGGUGGGCUUGACUACAGUUCAGUAAUCAAUACUGCAAAGAUCUGAUGUGUUUUCUUCAUCAAAUCAAGCUGUUUGGAUUCUAACUGGUACCACUACUGCACAAUACAUGUGGACAGUGAACAGUGUAUAGAUCUGGAUCAUGAUUAGUACCACACAACUAUACAUGUUGCUUAAUUAAUCCCCUCUAAUUAUUAAAAGACACAAUGAGGCCCAUUUGUAGGUGUUCCAUUGCUGAGGGACAUCCUUUGCCUUUGGUCAGCUCAGUGAACCACUGUACUACCCUAAAUUGCCUUUGGCAGUGCAGGGGAUCCAGGAGAGACUAAAAGAGCAGCAAGUCAUCACUCUUUAUUACCCCUGCUGUGUGUCACUCAGCUAGUGAUGGCUGCAGACCAAAUACUCGCCACUGGUGUAAAAGAACAGAAAAUAGGACAACUCGCUCUGUAGGUCACAAAAAUCCUGGUGUCACCAAGCAACCAGUGUGAUUUGCAUUCAAAGUUUAUUUGAUUACACAUGUUUUAUGAAUUAUUCAUUCAGAAUCUCAGGGAACAAAGUUGUAUUUCUGGUCCAACUUUAUUUUUAUAUGAAGCUCUUAAUAAGGGCAUUCUGUUGCUUAAGGUUUUUAUUUCUUGUGAAAGUUGAAG